AUGCUGUCUCCAUACACCACCACCAUCUUCUCCUUGACCGCCAUACGUUCCGCUCUUGCUCUCACAGCGACAUCAUGGGGCGAGGAACGCCUUGAUGUCUUCGGCCUCUACCCACUGGAAAAGGAAUACUCGGAAUACUGGCACAAAUUCUAUACACCUCACGGCGGCUGGGAACCUCAUCAUAACAAACUCGAAAGCCUCGCCGGCCCUGCCAUCAACGCUGAAGCCUCCUACGAGGACGUAUCUUCCCUCUCAUGGGGCCCGGACAAUCUUAACUUAUUCGCCACGGUUGAUGGGAUACUGUCACACAUAUACUGGGACCCUGGCGAGACCGAGUGGAUGGGAUGGACCGAUCUGGGGCUGGAUGAAGAUACUUACCUGAAAGGAGCACCCGCCACCGCGAGUCGUCGCCCAUACACAAUCGACGUCGUCUCAAGAGAUCCAAAGGGAAAGUAUCUCCACCUCUACUACUACCCCAACUUCGACGGAGACAAAUGGGUAGGCUGGGAAGACCCCUGGAACAGUCCCACCACCUUCGAGACGGAUCCUAUCAUCAUCGCUCCCGCCGAAGGCCAUUUCGAUGUGUUCGUCGGCAGACUCUCGAACGGCACGAUCGUGCACGUUUACUGGAAUGGUGAGCAAUACAGCUCUUGGGACCAGCUCACCUGGAAAGCGCCCGAAGGCGGCUGGAAAGAGAACUCCUCCCUCACGGCCUCAACCUGGAAAGACGGAUCCUGGGACCUCUGGGCCCUCGCCGAAGACGGCUCCCUCUUCCACACCUUCUGGCGAGGCGCUCCUGCGAAUCAGUUCUUCCCGUGGGAGAAUAUCACGGACAACAUCCGUUUCGACCAGACUCCGAAAGCGGUCCACUGGUCCGCGGGUCACACUGAUCUUUUCGGGUUGUCGAACGGUUCUUACUACCACAAGUACUGGGCUGGGGAUCAUUGGACCGCCUGGGAUAAAUUUGGCUCGGACUUUGCUAGUCCGCCAGAGGCUGUCAGCUGGGGUGAGGGCCAUUCUGCUGUGUUUGGGAUUGAGGCUGAGGGGGAUUUGCGGGUUGCUAUGUUGGUAGACAACGAGUGGCGUGAUUGGGAGGUGUUGGGGGAUGUUACGCCUGAGGAGGAGCGUGGAAGAGCGGGGGAGAGUGGCGAACAGGUUGUUCUCGAUAGUUACAAGCAAGGCUUGUGA